AUAUUAAUGUAAAAAAACAAACAAAUAAUUGUUUUAUGUGGCUUUAAAUGACUGUGAGAGAGGACGUCUCUGUUGCUAAAUGUUGGAUUAGCAAAUACAAUGUGACCCUUGUAUCCCACAGCUGUCAUGGCUCCCAGCUUGGUGCAGGCCUACCGGAGGAGGUGGUGGAUGGCCAUCACGGCCAUCGUGGAGAACUUGCUCUUUUCUGCCGUCCUCCUUGGCUGGGGCUCGCUGCUCAUCAUGCUGAAGAACGAGGGCUUCUACUCUCACCUUUGUGUCGAAAAUGAGACCACUGGCACAAAUGGGACUUCCCCUGAAAGCAGCGGUUGGAGGAGCUGCGUGGAGCAGGAGGAGAUGUUAAACCUUGGCUUCACCAUUGGCUCCUUCCUCCUGAGUGCAGCCACCUUCCCGCUGGGGAUCCUGAUGGACAAAUUUGGGCCACGCCCACUAAGACUCAUUGGCAGCUCAUGCUUUGCAGCCUCCUGCGCCAUGAUGGCCGCGGCUGCGUACGACCCUGAAGUGCUAUCCGUCCUCAUCUUCUUGGCCGUCUCCUUCAAUGGAUUUGGAGGAAUCUGCCUGACCUUCACCUCACUUACACUGCCUAACAUGUUCGGGAAUGUGAGAUCAACCAUCCUCUCCCUGAUGUUUGGCUCUUAUGCCUCGUCAGCGGUCACCUUUCCCGGGGUCAAGCUGAUUUAUGAUCUGGGCGUGUCCUUUCGGCUCAUCAUGUGGACCUGGUCCGGCCUGGCCUGCGUGGUCUUCCUCAACUGCUUUCUGAACUGGCCCGGCGAGUCUUUCCCGGCCCCCGAAGACGUCAGAUACAAUAGUAAAAGGGUGAGGCUGAACCGCAUUGUGAUGGAUGAUAGAAAGACUGGGGAUAGGUAUAUCUCCCAUGUAACUGUUAUGGAACCCACCAUGGGAACAAGUCGACCAGAAUCCAGGCACGGAGACACCCAGAAUACAUCCAAGGCCUCAGUGCCGCUCUGUCAUUCCGUGUGCUCUCCGAUCUUUCUGUGGAGCGUCGUCACCACGGCCAUCACCCAGCUGAGGUUGAUGUUCUUCAUGGGUGCCAUGAAUAAGAUGUUGGAGUUCCUGGUCACCCACGGCGACCCCCACCCCUCAGAAGAGCUGGAAAAGGAAGUGGAGGAGCAAGUUGGUUUCUACUCGUCCGUUUUUGGUACGUUGCAGCUGCUAUGUCUGGUGACCUGUCCUCUGAUUGGUUACAUUAUGGACUGGAGGAUGAAGGAGUGUGAGGAGGAAAAUGCGACCACACAAACCAGCCAGAGGUAUCCGGCCAACCACUUUGGGACACUGACAGGUCUGCAGUCUAUGAUCAGUGCCGCUUUUGCGCUGCUCCAACAACCACUGUUCGUAGUGAUGGUGGGGCAUCUGAAUGGAGAUCCUUACUGGGUGAGGAGCACCGAAUCACACAUUCAUUUCGAAUACACACCCAGGCAAAAGUACCACGAUGUGUACCCAAAUAAAGUCGAUGGAACGGCUCUGGAAGAGAUCAAUGUGGGCCUCCUCGUCCUCUCCCUGGUUGGGUUCCUGUCCCCGGGGUAUCUGUUUUAUCACCGUAGAAACCUGAUCAGGGAAAAGGCAGAUCGAGAUUUCGCGACCGCGAGCCUGCAAGACGGUGAAACUCCCAAAAGCCAGGCCAAUGGGCUCCCACAGUACGCCCAGAUCCCCAAUGGGGACACUGCUUAAAUGGGGAAAUGGCUGGUUUCUCUAACAUUUUGGACAUACGCAGGCCCUCUCAUUCCAAAGACACUUGGACACUUCAAAUGAAACCUAAACGCAAAGCAAAAUUAAGGUUUUAUUCUGUUUUCAAUUUCAGAUAAACUAAUUGAACUGAGCCAGUCAUAGUAACACAUUAAUAAGGCUUAAAAUGAAAGAUGAAUUAAGACCUCUGGAUUAAAAGAAUAAUAAUUCUAUCAUGUGAUCAGGCCUGCUUUUACUGAUGAUUCUACAAAAUAUAAGAAAUGAGGGACCACUAUAGAAUCUCAGCAUUUUAUAACUAAAUCCAGUAACUUCAGUUAUCUGUUCACAGCAAACAAUCAACUAAAAACUCGCUUUUAUGAAGAUACCCAUUUUUUAAUGUUGAUUAUUCUAUGUUAUGCGCUUUAGUUUAAUUGUAAAUCAUUCAUGAUUAUAAAACCAGCUGCUUAUCCUGACAAAGCUACACAACUGUGACCAUUUUGAAAAGAUUUACUUUGUGACAAGACAUCCAAAGAGGACUUAGACAUCUUUUAGGCAGAAGACUCGCUUUUUGUAACGAACAAAAACGGGCAGGCAGGAUACAGAAACGCUGGAUUAAAUUCACUGAUGGCUCGUAAUAAUCUACCACUAGUGACUGGACUGAGAGCUGGUCAGAGGUGCCAGUGGAUCUGGUGAAAGCUGACCAGGACUAGUGCCAAGAUCAUGACACUUUUAGAUAUAAUUUGAAGCAACAAAAGCUGCAACAUAUCAAUGUCCUUAUAUAAAGAACACGGCAGAUGUUUACGAUAAACAGUAAAUUUGAUAUUUAUUAAACUUUCUGUAUAUUUUGUACUUCAAAGCCACAGACUAAGAACCAAACCAUAUAUUAAAUGAUUUUCAUGACGUGACUUUUUUUCCCCCACAAUUUUUUAAGGUGUUAUUGAGAACUAUGAAACACCACUUCUAGUCCGAGCCCUAUUUUGAAAAUGCAAAAACGAUAAAGAUAUUUCUCCAGUCAAACCAAAAUCACUAGUUAAUCUACAGAUCUAAGGGCCAUUUAGUUCAGCAGUGAAUUAAUGUAAUUCAAAUAGGCUAUUUAACCAAAGAUGUAUAUGCAUAACUUUGUAAAUUAUGAAAAUUAGACAUAGACUUAAUUUAACCUUUUUCUGUAAUAUUACCCAGUAAUCUAUUUUUUUUUCCAUUGGGUUCUUAUAAUCCUCUGAGGCUAACUCUUCAUUAAACCUCUUUUAGCCCACUUUCCUCUGAUUUUGCUCCCAUUUGAAGGCCGGUCAAUGAGCAGCAACACCGAAUUCUGAAUGCCCUGGUCUUAACUGACCAGGCCAGUCUUCCUGUUACUGCAAUCAACCCUUAGCACUGUAAUGUGAAAUUCUAAAUCGGUUGAAAAUAAACAGCCAUUACAACUAUUUGGUGAUAUGGGUGAAAGGCAUUGGACCCACAGGCAUCACAUUUAAUUUUUAUUAUUCAAUGGUCAUUUUAGAAUAAGAAAAUAGUCUUAUUUAUUCCCCCAGUGUUUUGUCUAUUUUUUGACAAACUGUGCAGGCACAGACCUUCUUAGAGUAGUGAAAAAUAGAGAGUUAUAUAAAGACUUGUGUUAACGUUAAGGAGUAAAUACAAAGAAAGAAGUUGAUGAUUUGAAGAGUAUACAACUUAUAAAGCAGACAGAAUUAUUUUAUAAAGUUCUUUAUUGUGAGUAAAGCCUAAUUCAGGCUUAAAGCACAAAGUCGUUUCUAGUAAAAUAUGAGACUAUUGAACUUCUAUUAUCUUAAUGAAAUCAAUUGCAUUAUUAAUAUACAUAAAUGAGUUAUAACACAUUAUAAUGAUGUUAUAACAUAACGAUUUCGGUAGGUCCAUUUUUGUUUCCGCUGUGAUAGAUGUUCUUCAAGACUUGUUUUACUUUGGCUGACUUGUUUUACGUGGAAUGCAUCACAGUGUGUAAUUGCUGCUUUUGUGUCCUGUAUGUCAUGUGUUCUUUUUCUUUUUUUGGAUUAAUUUAUGUAUUUAUUUUUGGUUCUCUGAUAGAGAUCUUAGCCAGUUUACAGCAGCAUGAAUAACUUUUUGGCACCAUAACUGACACAGGUGAAAAAAGAAGUACAGAUAAAUGGUUACAGGUAUGUACAUAAAAAAUAACAAGCUAUAAUAUUGAAAUGUAAUAUAAGAGACUAAGCACCUUUGAUUUCUGUUAACUCUAUCAGUCUGGAUAUUUAAAUUGUAGAGUAUGACCUGAGUUUUUAAAGCUGUAAAAUGUGAAGUGAC